AUGAUCUCCGUGAGCCUAAUGCCUGCUGCCAAGAAGAUGGUUCUCCCCACCGCUGGUGGCAACCCACUGGGCGAGAGUGGGGGCAGAGGAAUGAUAGUCGGACGGCCAAAAGCAUGCGCUUGGUGCCACCCCCGCCUCGAGUUUGUGGGCGGGUUCGUGUCACUGCGGAGCGGCAGCACUGGCACCGGCACCUGGAGCCCGGAGAGGCGGCACCUGGAGCUCGGCGGCGGCUCCAGCCCAGGGUGCCAGCAGCGCGGCUGCAAAGCAGCUCCCGAGGCCGAGCUCCCAAAGGAGCUGUCAGCACUCCUGAUGGGUCGGCAGCAAGGUGCUGAUUGUUCCAGGCAGAGAGAUGCCAGCUGUGAGCAGGAGGAGAGUGAAUUGUGCUCCAUUCGUAUUGACAAUGAGCCCCAGCAUCCCCAGGAGGGACCAGCAGCCGGGGUUCCACACUCGCCUGGGGCACAAGAAGCCACUUGGCAUCAGCAGGGGGCUGCCACUUGUGAGCGUGCAGUGAGGGAAGAUGUGGAGAAUGGAUUCUGCACCAGGGAUGGGAGUGUGAGGGAGCCCCUGGAUCCCCAGGGCACAUCAGCAACCGGCACUGAACACAAAAGGGACCUCAGAAGAUUGCUGGGUCAAUGGUUCAGGAGCCAUCCCGUGGGCACGGCGCUGCUGAUUCUGCUGCUCCUGCUGCUGCUGCUGGCUUUGGGGGUGGCCUUGGCUGUGCUGGCAGCAGCAGCAGCAGCAGCACAGGUUCCAGUGACACCUGCCACUCCGCUGUUGGUUCUGGGCUGUCCCCGUGGCUGGGUUGGCUACAAUGGGGUCUGCUACUACUUGUCAAGGGAUUACAGCAGCUGGGAGCAGGCUGAGGAACGGUGCUCGGAGCUCGGGGCCUCCCUGGCCAUUCUGAAGGAUGAGGAGGCCAUGGGUUUGCUCUUCCGCCUCCGCGGGAACGGCGAUUACUGGCUCGGGCUGCGCAGACGGGGCGAGCGCCUGCACUGGGGGGACGGCAGCAGCUACAGCUCCCGGGUUCCUGUCCUCGGCAAUUCUGACUGUGUGUACCUGGCUGAGGAUAAAUUCAGGAGUGAGUUCUGCUCAAACGAGCGGCCGUAUGUCUGCAGCAAGGCCCAGGCUCCCCUGUAACAGGGGCUGCAGAAAGGACCUUCUCCAUGCUGGGCAGUGCCAGCUUCACCUCUCAGCCCAGCCCAGGGCUGUCCUUGCUCAGCUGCACCCUGUGCCUGGAGUGAGUGCAUUGCCCUCAUUAUAUCUGGGAAAUACGGCUCACUAUUUACACUUUUUAUGAAUGUUAUUAAGAGAAAAGAUGUAUUAAGUCCAACACUGUGGUCCUCAGAUAUUUGCCUACUUAAAACUGUGUUUUCUAUAUGUUGUUGUUUUCUAGGGGUGCAUCCAUAUUUUUAAUAUUUACAUAAUAUAUAAUUGUUAUAAAUAUGAUUCUUAAUUCGGGUGAAUAAAAGAUGUAUCAAAAUAUAUACGUUUAAGAUGAACUACUGGUGUACAAGGUGAGGGGGGAGAUUCUUCCCCAGGAUGGCGAAACCGCGGCAAAUGGACAGAGAGGCACCACCACAUUUGCAUUCGAAGGAAACUCUGGCUGCACAGGAGAUGGGCAUUCACAAGGACCUGCACCCAGUGACCCCAAGCGAUGAUGGCCCUGACAAGAUACCUAUCUGAGAGGACCAGGGCCAUCAACAACUUCCAUCUGAAUGCCAGAUUCCGGGAAUUGGGGAAGCAUAUUGUUCUAUUCCCGGACAGAGGCUUUGUGCAGCCCAAGCCAGAGAAAGAAACCAACUUGAAUAUGAAGAACUUAGAAAGAAACAAAGACAUCCUGCCGUGGGCGAAAUAAACCGUAUCAGAACCACUGCCUCGGAGAAGUCAGUGUGGACGGGGAGGAAUUGGUGCUAGGGAGGCCAAUCUCAGGUUCACACGCAUCACCUCCUGGGGAUGAUACGCUGUCCGAUUUGGUUGGUGGCUGUUGGGACUGUAUUACCGUCACAAAAUAAAUUUUAUUUUUUAUAUUUUUAUUAAAAUUGGCUCUUUUUCAUUUUUCAUCUAUAACAGUUUGGAGACCCCGACGUGAUAUCUGAUAAGGAUUCCAGGGUCCCCUCUCCAGGUCCAGGCAGCGCCCCGCUGAUUUCAGCGGCCGGACAAGAUUGGGUAAACCCAUUGGAACCAAUCAGAUAAAAACAAACUUUUCUGUAGCCAGAAAGUUAGCCACAACCAAACAGUGGAACGGGCCCAGAGCUCUCAAGGACGGAUAUAGCUCUCCGUGGAAGCCGGCUAUUAUUACUCGUAAAAACGACGUGCACGAAGACUCCACGCAGGAAAAUGAACUGUAAGUAUCGCGUGCUUGAGUGGGGGAGUGAUCGUGUGUGUGUGAGACGUGAUACAUAUCAGGAAGCAAGUGUGGACCCCAGGAUCACAGUUCCAAUCUUCCACGAGGAAAGUGGUUGGUCACAGGGGAAGCGAGUGGAAAGCUCGUUCGGAACACACACACCAACCCAAAAAGGCCCUGGGAAGUUGAAAGCGGGGGGAAAAGGGGGUUGUUUGAUCGAUCAUGGGCUGGAUCAGGAGGAACAACGGGACCUCGCUGGAUCCAGGGAACAGGUAAGAGAGCUCACUAGUUUGUUGACUAAAUAUCCGCAGUUUGGUUCACUGUGUGAUUAGUAGGUCAGCAAUGGGGUUUUUUUUGGUAUACCAGUAAAAAAGGCAAAAAGCAGUUCUGCAAGUAAAUAGGCCUAAAAGAAGGUAAGUGAGGUGUAAAAUAUGGGGUUGAAAAAGAGUAAAAUCCAGGAAAAAACCCCUGAUAAACCAGGGAGAAAGGGAAGAUUUGGUCUUCCUGACAUUCCAAGGGACAGUCCUCUGGGAUGGAUGUUAGAACACUGGGAAGACUGCCCUACUAGAAGGGAGAAAUCUAAGAAAAAGGCAGUCUGCUACUGUAUGGAGAAGUGGGCUGAUGUAGAGAUCAGGAAA